CCCAAGUCUAGUACGCCCGCUGACAACAGGAGUGCUUCAAUAACCCCUCAACAAAAACCUGAAUUAGCGAUCUUUAAUCUUCCCGAGUCAACUAGCGUGAACGAUCUUUUAACCAAUGGCCUUGGUUUUAAAACGGAUGAGUUACAAAUAGGCCCUGCCAGGCGCGUAGGAAGCGUUCGAGUUGGAGCAACGAGACCUAGAGUCACCAUACUACCAGUAAAAAACAACAAUGACCUACACAAAAUUUUAAAGCAGAAGCGUGUGUUAAAAAACUCUGCCCAGUUUAACUCAGUGUAUAUCAAUGUUGCAAAAUCCCCUGAAACUCUGAGUCAAGAGCGCUUAAUGCGCAGAAUGAUUAAUCAGUCUGUGCAAUCUCACGUUAAAUCACUACAGGGAAAUGAAACUCAACAUGUCUUGAAUUCGGCACAGCAGAAUACUACAACACCGAGUGUGAUUGAGAUCCAGAGUCAACAACGCCCUUCGCCAACCCCAGCAUCGUUACGUAUGAAUGCUUCUCAAGAACCCAAGCCCAAUUCUAGAUCCAAACCCAAUCCCAAGGCCACACAACCCAACCGUAAAGGGGCCUCAAAAAAGCUCCCCGUUAAUGCCAAUAAUAGUCAACAAUAG